UUAUGUUCUACUUCUAGCUCUAUUAAUUAGAGCAUCUGAAGGAUACUUUGAUGGCAUUAUAACAAAAUUGCCUAAAGCUAUAGAAACCGAUGAAAUCUCGAAAACAUGUCAAGAACAGUUUAAAGUGUUAUUAGAAGAGAACAAUUUACAAUAUUUGAUUAAAAUGAUUGAUGCAUCAUCAAAACUGAUUUACCCCGGUUUGUUGUACAGCAAAAAUGUUGAUUUGGGAUUGUAUGAUGAGUGUGUUGAAGUUGAUGUGACAUAUGAUAGUGGUAGAAUAUUGGGUCAACAUUGUACCGGAGCAAUUGUUUCAUUUUCUCUUCCCGUCGGCUUAAAGUCCUGGUUGAAUGAAAAAUUUAUACUUCCAAAGCUGAAUAAUGCUCCACUAAAUAUGCAUCAAAAGGAAUACAAUCAGACGGAAGGUUUAAUUGUUAUAUCAGAAUCUGUUUGUUUACCUAAUGGGUGUUCAGGAAAUGAUAUGCAGUUAAUAUGGAACUCCCUGAACAUCCCCGUAACCGUUGAUUUCACUCACUUAAGUUGUGCGACUAAUGAAACUGGAACUGAGCUUGAUAAUUGGGACAUAGCAUGCAUAUGUAUUUUUUCUAUAAUUCUGGCACUUAUAAUAGGCUCUACUACAUAUGACGUCUAUUGUGAACAAACCAAUAGGAACAAGUAUGAUAUUUUAUUAGCAUUUUCUUUGUAUACGAAUGUGAGAAAAUUAUUUCACAUAACAAAAGGAAACAAAGAACAGAUACAAAUUUUUCAUGGAUUAAGAUUUAUAAGCAUGAUGUGGGUUAUUGCGGGUCAUGGAAUGAGUAUUAUGACUCCUACAUUUUUCCCAGUUUUAAACAUGGAGCCAUUGUUUAAUUGGAUGACCAAAGACUACGUUAUGUACAUUUCAGCAGGUCCUUUGGCAGUUGAUACAUUUUUCUACAUAUCUGGUUUUCUAUUGCCGUACAUUUAUUUGAAACAAAAUAAAAACAACGAUUUAAAAUCGCAAAUACUAAACGUACCAAAAUUGGUUCUCCACAGAUACAUAAGGUUAACGCCAGCUGUGGCAGCUCUGUACAUCUUUUCAUUAGGAUUUUACAAACAUUUGGGAAGCGGGCCUAUGUGGUUUGCGUUAAAUAAUGAUGCAUGUUUAAAAUAUGCAGCUCCUUUGUUUCUAUACAUUCAGAAUUACUACAACUAUGAUGACAUGUGUCUUCUUCAUACUUGGUAUUUGUCGGCAGACAUGCAAAUGUUUUUGAUAUCUCCAUUAUUGCUCAUUCCAACUGCUUAUUAUUUAAGCAAGAAUGGAAAAACGAAAAGGGUUUUGUUGGGUUUAGUUGCUUUCUCAGUUUUUACCGUAAUAUUGCCAUUAAUAGUCAAGUUUUCCUACAGGGAUUACCCAAAUAAUUAUGACACUCACUCCCGACUAUGCACAUAUUUCAUCGGAUUUACUUUUGGAACGUUUAUGAGGAUUAAUGCAGAUAGAGCAUUUAUAAUAAAAAAACAGAAAUCACUGAUCAACUUUGUUCUAUGGAUCAUAACUCUGGUUGUUAUGUUCUUUGUGUGUUACUACUACAAUCACUUUUCAAUGCAAGUCACUGAUUACGAUUCACAAACAAUAUUUUAUAGUUUCAUGAGACCAGUCUGGGCAUUGGGUCUGAGCUGGAUGGUUUACUCUUCGUACCACGGAUAUGGAGGAGUUAUUAACUGGUUUCUAACAUCACGUUUAAUGCAAAUUGGCAGUCGUUUAAGUUAUUGCGUGUAUUUGGUUCAUGUUUUGGCCAUUAGUGGAUAUUUACUUCAAACUAGACAAAAGGUUUAUUUUGGAGAUUUCUUCCAGUUUUUCUCAUGGUGUGGUUAUCUGAUAAUUUCAUUGCUUGGAGCUAUAGUUUUAACACUUUCUUUUGAAACUCCAAUUAUGAUUAUUGAGAAAUUUCUGUUGGGCGGUGGUAUAAAAAAAAUUCCACACAAAUCAAAAAGUGAAAAAGCAUGAAAUGCACGAAAAGUGAAAAGAAUCUCAUUGAAUCAAGAAUUAAUUUAAAAAAAAAACAAAAA